AUGACCACCGCUACAACAGACUCGGCUUUCAACAUUUUCACGCUUCCAACCCACAUUGAAUCCUACAUUAGUCCCUUCUGGGAGACCGUGCAGGAAAAUGACUACUUCCUUCUUCAACGUACCAAGCUACGCAAAAACUCGAUUAUGCGCAAUGUCCUAGGCACUGUACAGAAUGUGCUUGACACGAAGCAAUCUCCAUACCGACUUCUUUAUCGACGUGCCAACGGCAGUUGUCUUCAAGUCGCCGUUGCUGAAACAGAGAAACAGGCUGAUACAGCAUGGCGUUGGAUCGAUGCCAAUUUGGUUCCUCCAUUGUCGGUUCUUGAUGAUAAUGAAAAGGAAGAGUUUGUGGCAACCAAAGUCAACUCGAUUGUUACGCGCAGAGAUGCUGGUACGGAUGAGAUUUCAGCAGAUGCAAACGUUCGCACAGCGUCAAGAAGCUUUAGACAAACAUUUGAUGUCCCUGCCACUGAACGCUUGGUUAAUUAUUAUUCUUGCGCUUAUUACACCAAUCGAUUCACCACCCAAGGAUGGCUAUACAUCAGUGAAAACUACGUUGCCUUUUAUUCUUAUCUGCUCGGCUAUGAAACCAAGUUGCUGGUGGAAUUACGAUCGAUCCAAGAUAUCCGCAAAGAGAAAUCAAAGCGUGGAGUCUUUUCUGAUGCCAUCAAGCUUAUCAUGAAAGAUAGAACAGAGCAUUUCUUUUCAAACCUGUUCAAGCGAGAUGCGGUUUACGAUGUGCUUGUGCAGCUGACUGGAUUGGCCAUGCAACGUGUGUUAAAGAGCACAGCACUUGAACAAUCCCCUGGGGGUGAAGUUUCCAUUGAUAUUCGGGAUAGCGACAUUGAUGCUGCGAGCGAUAAGGAUUUGGUGACCCACCGCAUGGCAUCUUUACCUGCUUCUGAAAUCCGCAAAAUGAUGCAGCCUCUCAAGAUGGAUCUUGCAGCACAAAAACGAGAUGAACGAUUCCGUGCACGAUUUCGAUUACCACCUACCGAGCAGCUCUUGACCAGUGUCCACGCUACGUAUUUUGUGACGAAGGAGGAUGGCGAGGGAGGAGGAGAAGAGAAGCAGCGUACGCCAGGUCGUUUAUGCCUUUCAGAAUCCUUCUUGACAUUCAAUUCCACUGACAAGGGGCAUUAUCAUGAUGCUGUCAUGCCAUUGUAUACCAUUCGUCGUGUUGAGCGUUUGAAUGAACCUACCCAAGCGUUUUCGAUAAAGAUUGACAACUGGCACCAGGAUCAUGCCCAAUUUCGUCUCAAUGUUACAAAGCAGCAAUACGAGGAAUUCUCCAGCCGGCUGACUGCCAAUCUACGCAAGCAAAUCAAGUACAUGAAGAUGCUUAAGCGUUUCCUUGCAACAUGUCCAUCCGAACUCGUGGCUGCUGACAAGUCGCUGGAUGAUCUUGACAAGAAGCAUGGUGGUCUCGGCCUCACAUUUGGAUUCCCCGGCGAUGCUAAAAAGCUAAAGGACAAGAGCAAGAUGAAGUUGUGGAAAAAGUACUUUGAUGAAUAUGGGCGUAACCUGACCAUUGUCAAGACACCACAAUUUGGACGCCUUGUACGCGUGGGCUUGCCUAAUCGUUUGCGUGGAGAGAUCUGGGAAGUGUGUUCAGGUGCAAUCCAGCAACGCUUCCUCAACCAAGGCCUUUACAAUCGCAUCUUGGAGGAGAACAAGGAUAAGAACUCUCUAAGUCUUGAGGAAAUUGAAAAGGACCUCAAUAGGUCGUUACCAGAGUAUUCUGCAUACCAAACGCCUGAAGGAAUCAACAGCUUACGUCGAGUAUUGAGUGCCUAUUCAUGGAAAGAUCCAGAACUUGGAUAUUGUCAAGCAAUGAAUAUUGUUACGUCCGCUAUUCUCAUUUACAUGAGCGAGGAACAAGCAUUUUACACGCUUAGCGUGCUUUGCGACGAUAUGCUACCAGGCUAUUACAGCACUUCAAUGUAUGGCGCCUUGUUGGAUCAAAUCAUCUUUGAGCACUUGUUGGAAAGCACCAUGCCAAUCCUCUACAACCAUUUCAAAAAGACCGACAUCCAGCUUUCAGUGGCAUGCCUGCCUUGGUUCUUGAGCCUCUAUAUCAACUCGAUGCCUUUGUUGUUUGCAUUCAGAGUACUGGAUUGCUUCUUUAUGGAUGGUCCCAAGAUCUUGUUCCAGAUUGGCUUAGCUAUUCUCAAGAUCAAUGGUGACGAACUACUCAAGACAACCGAUGAUGGUGCUUUUAUGAAUGUGCUCAAGCAUUAUUUCAAUUCACUACACGAGCCAUUGUACCCUGAUUCUCAAAACAGUAAAGCUCGCAGCCUAACGCGUUUCAAUGAGCUCUUACUCGUUGCCUAUCGUGAGUUUGGCAACAUUACCGACGACAAGAUCCGGGAGAUGCGACAGACACAUCAACUCAAGGUUGUAGCUGGUAUUGAAUCCUUUGCCAAACGAUCAACAUUGCGCAAUAUCGAUGAUACAGCUGGGCUGGAUAAAGAGGAACUUGGCAUUAUCUACGACAAAUUCCACAAUGUGCAAUAUUAUCGAAGCAAGGAGAAGGGAAGUGAGCGCAUGGAUUACGCAGCUUUUGAGAUCUUGAUUGGAAACCUUGCCAGCUGGGCCAAGUUCUCUCAAAAGAACAAGGAAGGUGACCAAGAACGACAACUCAAGGUUGGCAAAACGUUCCUUGUACGACUCUUUAAGCGAUUCGAUAAAGGUGAUCAAGGGGGACUUAGUUUGCAGGACGUCAUUAUUGGUCUUGGAUCUAUUAUCAAGGGCGACCACAAUGCACAGAUCACGUUAUUCUUUGAUUUGCAUGACACCGACAAGGAUGGCUACCUGAACCGUGACGAGUUGCUUGAAUUCUCAGAGUCACUGCUAUGGAUAUUCCGUGACAUGACCGAUGAGCAUCUCCAUUCAGUGUCCACAUUCCUUCGCAAUGCAUUCGAGUAUUCGGAAACCAAGGAGGACUCGCAGGACAAGUUUCUUUCCAUGGCUUCAUUGAGGAUGCUUGUGUUGGCAGACGAGCUCUUGGAGAACUUUUUUGAUCAUGAGUUUGCACAAUCCUUCAAGUUGGUCGAGAAGCCUGCUGAACAGCAACGUAGCCUUGGACGCGAGAUCUUUGAUAGCUUACUGGCCACAGGAACCAAGUUUGCCAACAAUGCAAAGCAGAAAGCCCUCGUUUCAUCACCCUUAUCAUCCAAAGCAUCGAACGUGUCAUCACCCACCACCAGCGAUACCCAAUCCAUUUCGACUACCUCUUUAUCUGUUAAUCCAAAGCAAGAUGAGAAAGAAGAUAUCGAUACAACGCCACAAGAACCAAUACAGCAUGACGAAGCAAAGAAACAAGAACCUACAUCAUCCAAGAGCGGUCAUGGAGAAGAAGAAGCAGCAUCAUCAGCAACUGAAUCUCCAAAGAAAGAACAUACCAACGCUGAUGAGAAAAAGGUAGAUGAUGUUGAAGAUUCAAACGACGAGGACGAGGAUGAAGAUGUAUUGGAAGAAGUUGAUCGAUUGUUAAAAGAAUACGGUGAUGAUGAUGAAGAAGAGGAUGAUGAUGCAAAAUCCACAUAG